UUGUAUUUGAUUGUGGAUCAACUUAUAAAGGAGCAUCACUGAACAGUCAGCUUCUGCAGGGACCUGACCUCACAAACUCUCUGGUUGGAGUUCUCAUCAGAUUUAGAAAAGAACCUGUUGCACUAAUGGCUGACAUCGAUGCCAUGUUUCACCAAGUGUAUGUCUCUGAGAAACAUGUCAACUUUCUCCGUUUCCUGUGGUGGAAAGAUGGUGACACUUCAAAACCUGCACAGGAGUUCAGGAUGUUGGUUCAUUUAUUUGGAGCAGUGUCUUCACCAAGCUGUGCAAAUUAUGCUCUGCAAAGAACUGCUGAUGAUAACGUACAACAGUUUCCAGCUGAAGUGGUUGAUGCAAUCAAAAAUAACUUUUAUGUGGAUGACUGUUUAAAAUCUGUUCCCACAGAAGAGGAUGCAGUGCACAUGGUGAAGAGUCUGACAGAGCUUUGCUCUAAAGGAGGAUUCAUGCUUUCAAAGUGGGAAAAGCAAGAGUUGCUCCUAUGAAGCAAACAACAAUCCCCAGGUUGGAACUGACAGCUGCUGUUCUUGCUGUCCGAGUGAAUAAACUGUUGCAAAAGGAGCUGCAAAUACAGUUGGAAAAACCUGUUUUCUGGACUGAUAGUACAACGGUACUAAAAUACAUCUCCAGUGAAACCAGAAGAUUUCACACAUUUGUUGCAAACAGAAUCUCUGUCAUCCGAGAAGCAACAGACGUGAAUCAGUGGAGAUAUGUUUCCUCCAAGGAGAAUCCUGCAGAUGAUGCAUCCAGAGGUAUGAGAGCUGAGGAGUUCCUCAAAUGCAGGAGGUGGAUACAUGGGCCUGAAUUUCUCCACAGAUCAGAAGAGGAAUGGCCUAAACUGGAUGUGGAUCACCAUGCAAUUUCUGCAGAUGAUCCAGAGGUCAAAAGGGACCUAACAGUGAGUGUUAUUGUGAAUGAAUCACAAAAUGCUACAAACUAUCUGAUUCAUUAUUUUUCAUCUUGGACAAAGCUUAAAACCUCUGUUGCCUGGUUUUUAAAGCUGAAGAACAUCUUGAUGUUGUUGCAACAGAAAAGGAAAAAGUUUGCUGCUGCAGAUCUGAAUAACAAUAAUCCAGGAAAUCAAAAGAAAGAAUUGGAAAAGCAGAUGGAAAGGUUCAAGACCACUCUGAAGAAAGAAAAUCUGACUCCUGAAGACUUGGCCAAGGCAGAACUAUCUAUUGUUCGGUUUGCACAACAGCAGAAAUUUACAACUGAAAUUGCUUUAAUCAACAGUGGGCUUAAAGCAGUAUCCAUGAGAAGUUCUCUAUACAAACUUGACCCAGUAUUGGAUGCUGGGGUCCUCAGAGUGGGUGGCAGGUUGAGUAAAACAGCCAUGCCUGUUGAAGCAAAGCAUCCUGUAAUUUUGACAAAGGAUAUGUAUGUAUCUAUCCUGAUUUUACGCCAUAUUCAUCAACAGUUGGGACAUGCAGGAAGAGCUCAUAUGCUGUCAAGAUUACGACAAAAAUACUGGAUAAUAAAUGCUAAUUCAGCUGCCCGAAAAAUCAUCUCUCAUUGUGUUGUUUGCAAACGUAACAGAGGAAAGUUUGUUGAACAAAAGAUGGCAGAUCUGCCAGAAGAAAGAGUUCUGCCAGCCACCGCUCCUUUCACAAAUGUUGGAGUGGAUUACUUUGGUCCUGUAAGUGUUAAAAGAGGACGAAGUCUCCUGAAAAGGUAUGGAGUUCUGUUCACUUGUUUUACCAGCCGUGCAGUACAUCUGGAAAUUGCUUACACCCUCAAUACAGAUUCCUGUAUAAAUGCAAUCCGCAGGUUUAUCUGUAGAAGAGGCCCAGUUUCAACCAUCAGGUCUGAUAAUGCCACAAAUUUUGUUGGGGCAAAUCGAGAGUUGAAAGAGAGUUUGGCUGAACUGAACCAUGCUAAAAUUCAAAAUGCUUUUGUGCAGGACGGAAUCAAAUGGAACUUUAACAUCCCAGCAGCCUCUCACCAAGGUGGAGUUUGGGAGCGUCUGAUUCGUUCCAUAAGAAGUAUUUUAGUCUCAGUUCUUAAAGAACAAGUUUUGGAUGAUGAAGGGCUUCAAACAGUCUUUUGUGAAGUUGAAGCUAUAUUAAACGACAGACCCAUUACUAAAGUUUCAGAUGACUCAAAUGAUCUUGAGGCACUCACCCCCAAUCACUUGUUGUUGAUGAAAAACAAACCAGUUUUGCCACCAGGAUUGUUCAAUCAAAAGGAUCUUUAUGUCAGGAAAAGGUGGAAACAGGUACAAUAUAUGGCAGAGCUGUUCUGGAAAAGAUGGCUUUCUGAAUAUUUACCUUUAAUGCAGGAAAGACAAAAAUGGACAAGAACUAAAAGAUGUCUAAUUCCUGGAGAUAUUGUCUUAAUUGCAGACUCUACAGCUCCAAGAGGAUCAUGGAUGAUGGCCAAAGUUUUGACUGUAAACCAGGACGGACAGGGCUUGGUGCGUUCCGUGCAGUUGCAAACCAAGACCAGUUUGUUGGAAAGACCUGUGACCAAACUUCUGUUGCUACUGGAAGCAUCACCCUGAGGAAUUGAGGACAUGUUUGAAGGAAUAGCUCCUUUUCCUUUUAAAGUAAUUGUGACAGUAUUCACAAUUAGGGGCCGGGGUGUUGGAGCUAUUUAUUCUUGAUUUCUUUAUUCAUUUGAAUUUUUGUUAGAUAGUUCUUAAAUGUAUAUUUUUUGUAUUAUUUACAGUAUUUAUUUGCAGGUUAAUAAUUGUGGAUUUUGUUUAAUUUUUUGUUUUAUUAUUUUUUCUUAUUCAUUCUUUGAGUUAGACAGGAAGUCAUGUGGGUUAGUCCACUUUUCUAUAAGUAUAGGGGCCUGGUAAAGGACCAGCAAGGCAUUUGGGUUUGGGGCCUAUGGUUUUUACCAGAGCAAGAGAGCAGAGUGGGAUUGACAGAAUGAGAACAAAGGAAAGUUUGAAGUCUGUAAUUGUGGCUGAAAGGAAACACAAAUAAACCUUUCUGAACAAUCAA